AUGGUUAAAAUUAAUCAAUCAAUCUCUAUUUAUAUAUUCAUACUUUUAAAUUUAUCUUGUUUGUUGUUUGUAGCUGUUGCAACUACUACUCCUGUUCAUUUAAACAGUGAGUUUGAAAAUAUAAACAUCAACAAUAAUAAUAAUAAUAAUAAUAAUGAUAAUAAUAAUUUCUACUAUACCUAUGAUAACUAUGUAACAACACAAUAUAAAUCAAAUACACAUCCAUUAAAAUUAAAAUCAAAUAGUGAUCGAUCAUCAUCUUCAUCAUCUUCAUCAAAAAAAGAUAAACCUACAACUGGUAGUAGUAGUGAUGACGAUGAUGUAGCAAUAUUUAAAAUCGUUCAAAUUACAGACACUCAUUUUGGAGAAGGUGAGGGAACAGAUUGGGGUCCCGAACAAGAUGCAAACAGCACUCGUGUCAUGGAGACGAUCUUGGCGUUGGAGCAACCAGACUUGGUCGUGUUUACGGGUGAUCUGAUCACUGGAAACAAUAUCAUCAACAAUAGUACAGACUAUUGGAAGAUGGCGGUUGGCGUAGCCAUGAAAAUGGGUAUCCCAUGGGCAACCGUAUUUGGUAACCACGAUGAUUUGGCGUCGGGUGUCAAUGGAACCAAGUUUGAUCUCUUAGAGUACGACAUUUCACUUGGAAGUUACAGUCAAUUCGGUCCAAACAAUAUUCCAGGUGUCAGUAACUACUACAUUCCAAUCUAUGAUAAAUGGACAAACGAUAUUGAAGUUGUAUUAUGGAUGUUUGAUUCUGGUGAUGGUGAAUGUCCACGUUUUCCAAAGGAAGAAAAAGAAAAAGAAAAGAAACCAAAUCAAAAUCAACAAGAAAAAGAAAAGGUUGAAUGGAUGGAUCCAUCAAGAAUAACAUCAUCUUCAUCAUCUGAUAAUGUACCAUACUUGUGUAAUUUUUAUAUUACUGGUAAUCAAGUACUGUGGUAUUACCAAACGGCAAAGGAGUUGUAUGCAGGUGCUGACAAUUUGCCAUUGGCAUUUGCCUAUUUCCACGUACCAAUUAGACAAUACAUGUGGGUAUGGAAUCAACAAACUUGCUAUGGUAGUAACAAUGAUUCUGUCGCUUGUCAGGCUGUCGAUGGUGGACUAUACUAUGCAUUUGAAUCAAUUGGUGAUGUAAAGAUGGUAUCGGUAGGUCACAACCACGGUAACGACUAUUGUGGUCUGUUUGGAUCGGUCGAGUUGUGCUAUGGUCGUCACAGUGGUUAUGGAGGAUAUGGAACUUGGGAACGUGGAGCUCGUGUCAUUCAAGUGACAAAACAAAAAGGUGGUCCCAUCUCUUAUGACACUUGGUUGACAUUUGAAACUGGUGAACGUCUCUACCAUCAACCUCCUCAUCAUCCAGACCCAUCUCAUCCUCAACAAUCUUGUACUUCUUAA